ACAUCCAAGUGGAAGACGACAACACACAUCUAAGACUUAGGAAAUACAAUGUCAGAUUUCUCACAGCUUCAACUGCAUGGGAGCCUGGCUGGAGAAGGAAAAAAACAGAAGGAGAAGAAGCUGAAGAACUGGAAAGCUCUAUCCUACUCCACUACUGUUACUCAGACAUCAGCUGCUUGUAUUUGCCCAGCUGGCAGAGGGGUUCAUAACUGCUACCCCAUCUCAGCACCAAACAGAGCCAGCUGAACACUGCCAGCAGUGCCGAUGGCACAUGGUUCAUGUGCUGGGCAGGACUCAGACUUCUUGCUGGGCACAAGGAUUUUCCAGGCUUACCAGUUAGGUCUUCCUAAUGAGGAGCAGGGAGAAGCGGAGCACAUGGAUUUCUAAACACGCUGGGAUUUUAUACAGCUACAAAAAUAGGAACGACAACAGAACCUGACCCUACCGAAAGCAGUCAAAUGAAUCGUAAUUGCAGAUCAAUGCAGAGAAAUGGGGAAACUUCACUCGAAGCAUGCCGCCGUUUGUAAACCCAGAGAAAGUCCGGAAGGUGAUAGUUUUGCGGUGAACGCCUCUCUGGCUCGCAAAGGGCUGGAGGACUGGAUGGUGAAGCAGAAAUACUCCGGGGGCAGCGGCAGUAGCAGCGGAGGCAGCAGCUCGGGACUCCAAGGCUGCCAGCACCGGGCUGCUUGCGGGCUCUCCAGCGGCAGGGAUUUGUCUGGAGAAGGCUACAGAGACUCUAUUGGUGAUGAGCACUUUCAUCUAGAAGUGGCUUUGCCUCCAGAGAAGACAGAUGGAGUUUGCAGUGGAGAUGAAAAGAAAGUAGAAAAAGAAAGUGACACACGCGCAGGUUCCAAGAAGCAACUAAAAUUUGAAGAAUUGCAAUGUGAUGUGUCUGUAGAGGAAGAUAACAGGCAAGAAUGGACCUUCACACUGUAUGACUUUGAUAACAACGGAAGAGUCACACGUGAGGAUAUUACCAGCUUGCUUCAUACCAUCUAUGAGGUAGUUGAUGCAUCAGUAAACCAUUCUCCUAGUUCCAGUAAAACUCUGCGAGUGAAACUUACUGUGGCACCAGAUGGCAGCCAGAAGAAGAAAAGUAUAUUGUUAAAUCAUACUGAUUUGCAGAGUGCAAGGCAUAGGGCUGAAAGUAAAGCCAAUGAAGAGUUAAGAAGCUCUGAAAAGAAGCAACGGGCUUCUCUCAGAUAUCACCAGAGUGAGAACAAUCCAGAGCAAAGUGAGUGCUACCGUCAUUGUGUUGAUGAGAACAUUGAAAGGAGAAACCACUAUUUGGAUCUUGCAGGAAUCGAAAACUACACGUCAAAGUUUGGGCCAGGAUCUCCUCCAGCAGCUCAAAAACAUGACCCACCAAGCAGAGUUGUGAGUCAAACUAGAUCCCGUUCUCAUGAACCUGAAACCUUCCAUGCCCACCAUAGGAAAUCUCAAGUGGUGGAUCCAAGCCACAUCAAUCUGGCUGAGAGUUCUUAUGCCAAGAUUGCAGAAAUCCAACAGAGGCUCCGGAACCAGGACUCAAACAAGCACUUUGUGAGAUCUCCCAAGGCCCAGGGUAAAAAUGUUGCUCCUGUGCAUUCUGGAAGGGCAGUAAGAAAUAAACCUUUUCAAGGAGGGGCCAUCCCAAUGGCUUCCCCAAGUGCACGGGUGGGCCAGAAUCUUCCUUAUCUCCCCUUGCAGUCUCAACAGGUUCACAAGAAGCAUAAGCAGAGGGCAAAGGAGAAUCACCAAAUGUGCAAAACCUUCCAGUCUCCAGGGACAGUUGUGGAAAAGGAACAUGUGAGAGACCUGCCCACAGUCAUUCUAUAUGAAGGUCAAGUUGGACAAAUGAUACAGAGACAUGAACACCACCACCACCACGAGCACCACCACCACUACCAUCACUUCUACCAGACAUAAAACAGAUCCCACCAACAUCCUCCAAGAAUCAUCCCAUAUGAAGGAAGCACGUUCUUGUGACAUCAGAACUAAGGCAUUACUGAUUAAUAUUAUUGUUACUCCAUUAAUAUUCAGCUAGCAUUUAUUUUAGAGGUUAUAUGGAACUCUUGAAACUUACCCUAUUUAUAUGUCGUGGAACUGCAUAGCUUACUUAAACAACUUGUGGAUUUUUUUUUGUUUUUAAGUGGCUUGUAAAACAGCAAACAGCCAUAGCUUUUUGAGCUGUGAUUUAAUGCAGGUCGUCAACGCACUUCUUUACAAGUACUACUUCCAUUAUAGAAGGAAAGAUACUUCAAACACUAUUGCAGACAUCUAGCUUACCAGUCUGCUUGCUGUAUGUCGGCUGAUCGCACACAAGCCUUUUAUCAGGGGAGCAAUGAUCGAAGUUUUGGACUCCAGAGAUGCUCAGAAUAACAGAAAAUACAAACAGCUGCUACCUCUAGUAUUAUUCAGAUUUUAUUUUCUUUUUAUUGAUUGUAAUGUGCUACAGGGGGAAUUUUAAUAUACUGCAUUGGUGUAGCCUGUUUGUGUUCACAUCCUUUCAAAUUAUCUUAACUACGUGGAAACAUUAGCUAUACUUGUCAACAGAGCUACAUUUGUACAACUUACACUUUAUUUUCUUUGAGAUUCUUCACUGACACAAGUACAGUUUGUUAUAUACUGGGUAAUAUUUAAAUAUACCUUUUUUUUUUUUUUUUUUUUCUAUUGCUUACUCUCCAUUCUGUUUGGGGUAACCAUUUGAAAAGAGGAGGAUGUGAAAUGGUGUUAUCAAAACCAUCACUAAACUUUAGUGCUUGGGCCAUAAGUAUAAUUGAUGGGGGUUUGAGAAGGAUAGAGGUUAUUUGGGGGGGGGGGGAAUUGUUUUGUUUAAGUCCACAGUUCUUUGUUUUGAGAAAGAAUUGAGGAAAAUAUACUUUCUCACUUUAAAUGUUGGCAAAUAUAUAUAAGAUAUAAAUAUAAAUAUAUAUAUAUAAAUAUGCACACUCAGGUACAUUUUGUUGUGUUUUAGAGAUCUGUGGUUUGAGUAUUAACAUUAUGAUUUUUUCAAUAACAGUGACAUUAUGAAACACGUAACGUGGCAUUUUCAUAGGUGCCUCCAAGUAAAAUUUCUGCAGCACCUACCAAUUUGUGCUUCUCCCAUUUUAGAGAAAAUUGACCAUGUAAAAAAAAAAAGGUCUUUCACAGUCAUUUUGGCCUCUUCUGCUUUUUUCAUAUCAAAGAGCUUCCUUUCCAUGGAGGAGAAUGAGACCAUGCUCACAAGACCUCACUGGCUGCUGAGAAAUUUAAAAUUCAAAAGCAAAUUGUAAAAGCGAAAAAAGAAAAGGGGGUCAGUACAAUCAAGAUGUACUUUGUGUGGGGCCCAGCUUUAUGGUGCAUUUGGUUGAGUUUUGUAAAGCUCACUACUUUGCAGGUAGAAAGUGACUGAAAAACGCCUAUGUUGCUUUCGGUACUUUGAGGUAGGGAAAUCCUUACGUAAAAACAUAAAUGUUCUAUCAAACGUAUUUGCUUUUGGUUUUAAUUAUUUUCAAUGUUGUGGUAUUUUGUCUAUAGUAUAUAUUGUAAAAUGUAACUAUCCCACAUUGUUAUAAGCCCUUCAUCAUUACCUUUUUUCUGACUAGAGUUGAUCAGUCCAAAAAGGGGCGCUGACCAGCACUGCUGAUCACUUUCAGAGGGAUGUCGCCCUUCCUAAGAAUGCGGAGACAUCAACUUUUAAACGUAAAGUUGAAGGCUUUGCCUUCUUUUGGAAUGGGAGUAGAAUGGCUGCUUCUUGGUAAAUAAGGUCCAUCUUUUGUCUCCCUGAUUCAGCAGCUGUUCUGGCUUCUUGUCCUCUUUAAAAACAAAAAAUCUGUUGUUUUUUUUUUUAAAGCUGUCAACGGUGUAUUCUGUUUGAUCUACAAAAAUGUUCUGGAAGUGUGUUUGAUCUGUGUGACAACUAUACUGUUCUGUUUGUUUUUUAAAUUCCUAAAGUCCAAAAAUAUUUAUAUUCAGAACUCUCUGUAUUGAAAACGUGAAAAGGCCACAAAUUUGGUUAGUUACCACUGAGUUGUUCUAGUCUAAGCCUUUUUUGCUGCUUGUGUAUCAUUCUUUUCAAUGUAUAUAUAAUUAUGGACUGCAAGAAAAAAGGCAUUUAUAUGUCUAGUAGAAGGAAUAAGCUUAUUUAUAUUAUAGUGUUAACAAAGUCUGAUGUAUUCAAGUGACUUACGUUAUACCGCAUGCAAACACACGAGUGUACAUUCCAUCUAAGGAGGGAUGCCAUGCUAUUUGUUUUGAAAAUAUACUUAAAGCUGUUCUCUUUUCGGUGGGGCAUAUGCCAGAAAGACUGGGAGGUGGGAAUUAUUUCCUCUUCAAUUUUUCCAAUGCAGACCAUUGUUGAAACCAGAAAAUGUGCAGGAAAACUAGAAUGCUCUCAGAGCUGUGGGUUUUUCUAACAAAGCGCUGAAAAGGGGCAUAAAAACCCUCUCACUGAAAAAUAAUUUUGCUUGAAAAGAUAACAGCACCAAUAACAAAAAUCCAUCUGAAUGAAAAGUGUGCAGUAGUAGCUGUGCAAAUGAGCUUUGGAAUGUAACACAACUGGCCAUGGGAUGGAUACAGCCUUGCAUUAAUUUGUUUGGUGUUUUCUAUUUGGAGAUUCAAACGACAAAUUCUGCCUUGUUUAGAUCCUGUGAAAUACAAAACUGUUAAUAACGUGGCAUCCCCAUGCUAAAACUUUACACCAGCCAUGUAUGAACAUACAGUAUCUAAGUACUGUUUUGCAGUUGUGUUACGUGCAUUAAGUGUGAGUAACAUGUAGCACAGUUUCUUUUCACAGAACCCAAACUUUCCGUAUCUUUUAAAAUGUUUGCUUUUCAGUAUUUUGUAUAGUAAAUAUAGAUGGUUUUGACUAAAUGCUUUAUUUAUUUAACAGCAAAAACUGUGCCAAGAGAACCCCCUGUUAAUUAAAGUUUUACUAGUUCAGAAAGUAUAUUUCCUUCUUCUUCUUGUGGAUUUCAGGGGCUUAUUGCAAUUGCUGUCAGUGCUUGCAGAUCUCACUGAUGAAAGAGCUUGCGUUAACGUUUUUGGGAAUAGGAUCAGACCAUGAGGUAUGGACUUGGUAUGCUUUGGCUUUAUAAUUAAAGUGCUAACUUUACAAAUUGCAUUUCUUGUUCCCUACUACUGUUUUUCAAACAUCCGCCCAUCAGUUUUUCGCUAAUAGAAACUAAGACCCAGUUGAUGUAAUGGCUGGAGUACAGGCUGUCCUGGUGUAGCAGCAGACCACCCACCUCAGGCAAACCCAGCAAGCCACGUUAUCUUUGACCCCUCUGGCUGCCUUCCUACCCUAGUCACCAUGAGCACAGAACAGCAAAUACAGCUGGAGAAGUAACUUAGAGAAAGUGAUAUAUGUAUGUUUGUACUGAGAGGUAUCCUCUGUUAGAAGUUAGUGAAUGCCACAGCACAUACUCGGGCAGAGGUGAUCUCUUCCUAAUGGGUAACUACCGUGUUUGCUCAACAGUCUAAAAUGUUGCUACAUAAUUACAUAGAUAUGAUGAAUGCUUACUGUUCUCCACAUGUCAUUGUGUACCUCAAUUACUGAGUGACAGAUUUCAUUUGUAUUCCAAUUAACAAGAAAGUUAGGCCCCUUGGGGCACGCUUACACUUGGGAAAAUUCAUCGUGCUAGAAAAUCUGCAAAAACAUUUAACAUAAUUUUUGCCUGGAGUGUAGGCAAGAAUCUUCAUGUUUGGAAAUGUGUCAGCUAAUCAGCUCUCACCUUUAAUUACCUUGAUGCAAUUCGUCAAAAUCUGAAAAUGCUUUUUCAAACACGAUUAUGAUUUCAGUGGGAACGAAGUCGUAUUCAGCACCAUCUUCAUUAUCAGAUUUCUUUUUUUUUUUUUUCUUAAAUCUACCAAGCAGAAACGUGUUAGGAAACCCAUGAAAUAAAAAUGGAACGUAAUGUUUUCUGCAUGGUUUCUGGAAGAAGAUUUCUUCUCUAAUGCACUUAGCUGCAAAACCACCCACAAUUUAUCACAUAAUUAAUUAUUUUCCUUGCAUACUUAACAACUGUUUAGUUGAUUUUACUUGGAAGGGGGAUGUUUAGGAUAUUUUUUUUACUUGUAUACAUUUAAAAUAUGCUAAAAAUGGGCUAAAAGAAACCUUUAGAAAAGCAAGUAACAUCCUAUUGAAAUUAUUCAGUCGGCAUCAUGCUGCAUCUUGUUUGCAGUUUGGAUGCUAGUUGUUAAAUAGAGAGGUUUUCAGUGAUGUGUUAAUUUACUUCUGUAUUUCUAUAACAGUUUUAGAUAAUUCAGUCCUACUGAGCAAAAUGAUAGAAAUGAUAACGAUGAGUUCUUCUAAUUCCUUUGUUUUAAAAUAGCAGGACUAUACGUAUGGAUUACUGUGAGGGGUAGAGCUGUGAAGAAAGACUGACAAGGGAAAGAUGGAAAGAUUUGUGAAGUGUGAGAAUAGCAAGGAACCGUCUACCAGUGGAGGACAAAACAGCAAGGAGGCAGGAAAAUACUGUAUGUAGAAGAAGCUACAUUCAUGCUACUUUUUUGAAUCUCUUAUGGUACAUUUGUUGCUCACAAAACAUCAAUAAUAGUUCAUAGAAUGCCUUUCACAGGGAAACUUGAAAGGCUUUCUAGAAGAGGUCAAUCUCCAGUGCGCAGUGGGAAGUGCAAGGCAGGAAAGUUGUGGGUAAUCACUGGGGCUCAUUCGCAUGGCAGAGUGAGAAAUUGCCCUGGGUUCCUGAGUACCAGACCAAGUCGAGGGAGGCUUUUGCAUUAGCUGGGGUAUUACUUCUAUAGAUGUUAUUGAUAUUUUUUAGUAUUCACCUUGAAUCAGAGCAUCAGAUCCUUCUCUUGAUUACAAACAAGUUGGUUAAGUGUUGCCCAAAGCUUCCAUGUCUACCCUGUUUUCUAACUGCUAAGCACUAACUAUGCCUUGGAAGUCUACCAACAGAAAGUCUAAUCCUGUUGUCACAAGAAACUGCAGACUGGAUCACACUGAUUGUCUUGUUGGCCUGGUAUUUCAGGGUCUGGAGAAUAGACAGUUCCAGAAGUGUCAUAAGAAUGUUGAAGAUAGUGUUAAAGGGCUUUAUAAAUAUGGCAAUGGGCAAGAAUUAAUCUAACAAUAUCAGGAGUACUGAUAAUUGUGUGCACUGUGCUUUCUGGGUUUUUGUACGUUCUGUUUUGCAAAGUGCUUAGGAAGUGGGGUUCAUGUCUUCCUUUGAGUGCCUAGUCCAUAUAGACAAAGCAAGCCUGUAAUUGCUCCUAGCUAAAAGAUGUGCUGUUUUGGUUAGCUUGUACUUUAUGAAUGAAAACCGGGUUCAGAUCCUUCUGGUGCUGAGUGCUUAUUUGUGCACUUAAUCGUUCCCAUUCUGUUCUAUUUGUUGGUGAAGCACAUUAAGGCUUUGUGAAUUUUCUAAUGAAACACCUAAUUAACUGGGCCAAAUUUGUCUAGCUUCACAAAUGGAAACCAGGAGAACCCCAUGCAUGUCUUUGAAUUUGGACCUUCAAAUGCAGUUUGCUAUAUAAGUCAUCAUUUUUUCUUGUACUAAUUUCAGAUAUUUGAUAAGCUCUUUUUAUGGUUUACAAGUUUAAAAAGACAAAUAAAACUUUGUAGAUUAAAA